AACUAACUAACUAGUUAACUAACUAUUUACUACCUAGGUAAAUUGGAUGCUGCCUAGGAGGCAAUCUGGACCAAUCCUCGGCAUCUCGGAUGCUACAACCCAACCAAUCAACUGCAAACACUAGCGAGCGUGGUGGGAUGCAACGCGGCCAGAUCAACCGACUCGAAUUGGGAGAAGGCAGAAGUGACUUCGGCCACACACACACGGUGGACAGUCCGAGGACGAUUCUCUCUCUCUCCCCGGCAAGAAGACAUCUUACAGCUGCCGACCACCGAGGGAGCUCUGGAACCCUUCCAUGGCGCAGGUACUCCGUAAGAACCGUCGGCGUUCGGGGCGCGGAGACAAAUCGCAACAGCAGUGGAUACAGAUUACCUCAGGUUCCAGAGAGUAGCACCGUGGAACCGCGGCUCGCGUUUGCGGGAUGGAGAAUGGGAUGUCAACUCCGAACGUCUGCAACAAUGGCUCGUUGCGCUCCACCUGCCCUGGCUGCCUAUGUCCUGCAGGCUCGGACUCCUCUUCUUCUCCGUCUAGGUUUCGCUCUCUGUCUCGUUUCCGCUUCUGUCAGUCCGUAUCAGGGCGGCAAAAGACCUGUGCUCAUCACCCAUCGUGAAAUGAACUUGUGGGGCCCUUUUGGUUGAUGACAGCCAGUUUGACUAUCAUGCAAACUACAUACUACGGAGUACCUACCUUACAUGGUAGUUAGUAUACAGGACUAACUAACUGAUAUAGUAUAGACUACUUUUAUUUUGAC